AAAACAUCAUAUGACGUCUGAUGAUUUCAGUACCAGAGAAAGCAAAUCCGAACAAUUACACAUUUACACAUCUGAUUUCAUUCAAACACACUUUGGAUCCUCUACUCACAAAUACACGCUCAUACAGAAAGGCGUCUGUUCUAACUGACCUGUCGAGCGGGGCAGUGGAGAGUGGCUCUCGUGGUAUGACUACUACAAACAAGGGCAACAAAGCACUGAAGGUGAAGCGAGAGCCAGGUGAAAAUGGCACAAGUCUUACAGAUGACGAGCUGGUGUCUAUGUCUGUGCGGGAGCUGAACCUGCACUUGCGUGGUCUGUCCAAAGAGGAAAUCCUGCAGUUGAAACAGCGGCGGCGUACGCUCAAAAACCGUGGCUAUGCUGCCAGCUGCCGCGUCAAACGUGUCACACAAAAGGAGGAGCUAGAGAAACAGAAAGUGGAGCUUCAGCAGGAGGUCAAGAAGCUUGCCUCGGAAAAUGCUAGCAUGAAGGUGGAGCUUGAUGUGCUGCGCUCCAAAUACGAGGCUCUCCAGAGUUUUGCCAGAACUGUAGCUCGCAGCCCUGUUGCUGCUGCCAGAGGCCCCAUCACAUCUGUCAUAGGGCCCCUCAUACCAGGAAAAGUGGCCGCCACCAGUGUCAUCACAAUUGUUAAGUCCAAAACAGAAGCACGGUCGUAAUGCACAAACAGGGAACAUUUGUAAGUAUAUUGGUCAGCGUAUUCAUCAGACACAGGGUUGAUGAAUGUUAUAUGACAUGGUAAAAUUCAGCAAGAUCUGCUCUGUGACUGUAAAAAUAUAAACAGACAACACUAAAGUCCCUCUGAUGUCAUUUACAACCCUUGUUGUUAAUGAACAACAAUUUUAUCAGCAUAUCAUUAAUAUUACACACUUGAGGUUCACUCAAAAAUUAUUUGAAACAUUUGCCAUGCAGUCACCAUCUUGUUGCACUACAUUUUUUAAGUUGUAAAGUCACAUUGUAACAUUUAUGAACAACCUGUGAUUAAAGACUUGAUGUUAUUUGUCAUCAGUGUUGGGGUAACACAUUACAAUUAAGAGUUAUGCAAUCAGAUCACUUUUUUUAAGUAACUAGUAAAGUAAUGCAUUACUUUGAAUAUACAAUGAAACAUUUUUCUUUACUUUUUCAAAUAAGUAAUUCACAUUUACUUAUUUUCCCAUUAUUUCCCUGACACCUCUCCUGUCCCUGUGUUGAGAGAAUAUGAAAUGCAGAGGAAAUGCCUUCAUCUUGAGGCUUAUUAAUUUCACUUUUGGUGUGAAAGGGCCUUUACACUUGCCAAGAAUAUUACUUUUGGGUUUUUUGCUAUUAAAAUAAAAAAAGAGUAAGCCCAUCCUAGGUGACAAACAGUAACGCAAAAGUAAUAUAAUGCAUUACUUUCCAUAAAACAAUUUUUGUUUGGUUUUUAUGGAGUAAAAUUAAAUUGUAAUUUGUAAUUUUUUUUAAUUAACUUUCCACAUCACUGUUUGUCACUGACUUCCAACCUGAUGCAGUGCAUCUUAUGACACCAAAUUUAAAUAUGUCUAUGCGCUAAGAAUGAGAGAUUGUUAAUGAAUAACUUGAAUUUGAAUGUGUCCCAGAUUUUUUUUUUUUUUUCAUUUUUGGGUCUGACUUGAAUUUGAAUGUGUCCCAGAUUUUUUAUUUUUUUUCAUUUUUGGGUCUGGACAGACAUGGCCACUGUAUGCUUUUAUUGUAUUGAAAGGAGCAUGGACAUACUGCUAAAUCUCUCAUUUUUAUUUUUCAUGGGAGAAAGUUAAUCAUAUGGGUUUGGAUUGACACAAGGGUUCAUGUGACUCCAAACGUGUAUGACUAAUUUGAUGAAAUGUCACAAUUUUAAUUUUCUAGUUUUUGGGUUACCUGAGUUAAAGGGAAUUAGCUCCAACUUGAGUUAUCUGUGCUUGAUAUUGUCCACUGAUGGAAAACUAAGUUAUUCAUUAUUCAGAAAUGGCAUCGUUCCCUUAUGACAUAAGGAUCUUGUAAUUCAAUUUUUUUUAGGUAUUCUUUACUGUUAAGUUCAAUUCCAGUAGUGGACUGAUGUUUACAAGUUAUAUUCUGAUUAAAUAGGUACUAGGAGAGGCAAUAAACUACUGUAUUUAUGCAUGGGAUAGCAGAGGCCCUGUUGAGCUGUGUGGCAGGUGAUGUUCAUCUUUUGCAGACAUGAGACAUGAGAAAGCCUUUUCUUAAAGAUAUCGCAGAGAGAGUAGGCAUUUAAUUGUUCUUAGAAAAUAUUUUGAGUUGGUAAACCGUGUUGUUAAAACUGAUCAUUCUAGCUUUGUUGUAGAACUGUAGUUUCGUUUUUCUGUGCUUUGUGUGGAUUGGCUGGUCUCAGUUGAUUUUCCCAAAGCAACCCAAUAUAAACUUUAUUGUUGAAUUGUUAGCAAAUGGUCUCUGAUAUCUAACUCUAGCUACUUUUGUUGUUUUCCUUUACUGAAUAAGAAAACUGAGAAAAAAAAGUUAUUUAUAUGAACAAAAAAUAGUUUGAUAUCUAUUUUGCAAUUUUACCAAAAGUGGCUUAUUAUUAAAGUCUGAUUGCUUUUCUAGUAAGUAGGCGCGUGCAGUGGGUAGCGCGUGGCGUGCUGUGUAUGUGGUCAGGUGGCAGUGUUGUUCACUGUGUAAGUGUCCAACUGUAUACCUUUAAAUUAAUAUUAUAAAGUAAUCUAGACAGUGUACAGAAGCCAGUCGUUCAUAUCAGCUCCUUCCAUAUCUCUGUAAUGAGGAUGUCUUGCUCUCAGAACAUCUGGGUUUUGUUGAAUGAUACAAUUUUUAGAUUUACUAAAGCUAACUAUAACCAUCCCAAUUUGACCCUUCAUAAUGGUGCAUAGCCAGUGUGCGGUUCUCUUCCAGCAAAGGUGGUUGGGCAAAACACAAUUUAUCCUUAAUGGUUCAGAGCAACAAAAAUAGCAAGACCUGAAUUUAAAGUUGUGGUUCUGUUCCAAAGCCUAGUGAACUGUUCAUUUUAAGCAAUCAUAAUGUGCUCUCCCAACAUGACAUCUGUUGUAAAAGACAUCAAAUAGGGAAGCAUGGCAUGGCAUAGAACAAGUGACAAACUCACUGAAAAAAAAAAAAACAUAAAUUCGCCCAUCUAUUCUUCAGACCAAUAUAUAAUAAAUGGCCAAUACUUUGAGCAAAAUAGUGAAAAAUACAGUAUAAAAUGACUUGAUUUGAUUGUGACAUAAGUGGAGGGAUUGAACAUGAAUAGUGGAUAAAGUUAUUACAUUUAACUAUAAUCACUGCUAAAAUGUCUGUAUGUAAAUAACCAAACAGUUUUUACCCAACAGUAUUUAUUUGUGGUAUUUUUUAUUGUUUAUUAGACAUAUUGUUGGGUAAGCUUAGCAACUUUCUAAUGUUGAACUCUAUUGAUAUCAACUGUGAGUACAGUGCUUCGACUUAUAGUCUGUUUCGUAUUCACCUACAAUACGUAGGUCUACAGACAGCAAGGUAAUCCCUCACUGAGGUUUGGAAAAGAGCUAUAAUAUUUAAAAAAUUUAAUUGACUGUCAAUCCUGUCAUCUCGCUCAUGUUCUGUAUCUUAUGGACAGAUGUCUUCAGAUGUUUCAAAGCAGACUACAUACAGCGUAAACAUGUUUGAAAUAAGCUUGAUGAGACUUCUCUGUGAGAGAUUAUCAUGAAAUACACUAAUGAAAUGGGCUUAUCUUGAUAUGCCCUUUCCUUUUGUUAUCCCAGGACAAUAGGAAAAGAAAAAGCACCAGAACUACUUCAACUUGUAGCCCUGAGGUGUGUCACAGCUGUAAAAAUCAGCUGAAUGAUUUUGAAGUGAAUAUAUACAAACAUACAGGUGCAUCUCAAAAAAAAUUAAUAUCAUGGAAAGUUCUUUAUUUCUUUUGUAAUUUUAUUCAAAAAAGCAAAUUUUCUUAUAUUCUAGAUUCAUUGCACACAAACUGAAAUAUUUCAAGAGUUUUUAGUUUUAAUUCUGAUUAUAAUGACUCACAGUUUAGAUUAGAAAAACAAAAAAAUACGCUUGUCAGCAGAUGGAAGCAUAAAGUGCUCCAAAAUCUCCUGGUAGAUGGCUGCAUUGCCUUUGGACUUGAUAAAACACCGACAACAGCGGAUGCCAUGGCACCCCAAAUCAUCACUGGCCUUUGGAUUCUGUGCCUUUUCAGUCUUCCUCCAGACUCCAGACCUUGAAUUUCAAAUGAAAUGCUAAAUUACAUUUAAUCUGAAAAGAGGAAUUUGGAGCAGUGAGCAACAGUCCAGUUCCUUAUCUCCUUAGCCCAGGUAAGAUGCUUCUGACGUUGUUUCUGUUUCAGAAGUGGCUUAGUAGCUCUUUUCCUGAAGACGUCUGAGUGUGGUGACUCUUGAUGCACUUCCUCAGGCUUCAGUCCACACCUUGUGAAGCUCUCCCAAGUUCACGAAUCUGCUUUUCCUGACAAUCUUCCCACGGCUGUGGUCAUCCCUGUUGCUUGUGCACCUUUUCCUACCAACUUUUAUAAAUAUUUUGAUUCAGCACUCUGUGAACACCCAGCCCUUUCAGCAAUGACCUUCUGUGGCUUACCCUCUUUGUGUAGGAUGUUGAUGAUUGUCUUUUGAACAACUGUCAAGUCAGUAGUCCUUCCCAUAAUUGUGGUUGCAUGUUCUAUACUAGCCCAAGCGGUACUCAGUAUUUAUACUCAUAAUUAAUCUUAUUCAUCAAUUAAUCAAUCAAUCUUAUUAAGCAAUCAUAAUUAAUUAAUCAAUUUCAAAAUGUAAUAUUAAAAUUUUUUGAGAUACUGAAUUUUACAUUUUAUUAAGCUGUAAGUCAUAAAUAUCAGAUUUUCAAUAAAAACCUCAUGAAACAUUUCAGUUUGUGUGCAAUGAAUCUAGAAUAUGAGAAGCUUUAUCUUAUCACAUUACAAAAAAUAAAGAACUUUUCCAUGAUAUUCAUAUUUUUUUAGAUGCACCUGUACAUACACACAAACACACACACACACACACACACACACACACACACACAUAUAUAUAUAUAUAUAUAUAUAUAUAUAUAUAUAUAUAUAUAUAUAAAUAUAUAUAUAUAAACACACACUUACUGGCAUGGAAAAGUAUUAGCGACCCUGAGAACUUUGACUGCAGAUCAUUGACUGCAGUAGAUUUAAAAUAAUAGUUUACAUAUCAUACAAGUCACCAGUAAUUUUUAAUGCCAAGGCUAAACAAUAAAAAUGUAAGUUUUUCUCUGCAAAUCAUCUCCUUAAACACAAGUUAUGAUAAAAUGUUUUCACUCUUAUACACCGUAUUAUACAUUAUAUUAUAUCUAUCAUUAUUAUUAAAUUAAAUGUGUAAUAAACAGUAUAAGUUACAGACAGCACAAUGAGCCCCCUUCAGGGUGAUAAAUCCUGAUUGCCUGGUGAGGCUUUUUUUACAGCAGUGAGCGAUAACACAUGGCUAAGUAAUGAUGACAGGUUUCAUUUAUUGAUGAACUAUUAUCCUUUAAGGUUUUAAUACAUUGAAACUGAUGCACUGUGACAAGAAUGCACUGCACUCUUACCUCAACUCUGCCUCACAUUGUGGAUUCAAGGCCAGAUUCUGAAAACAUUUCUACCCGCCAUCAGAAAGAGGUUUGCUACAAUAAAAUAUGCAUCCACCAUUUUCAGCAUAUAGGGUGUAUUGUUUCAGCAAUUUGAUGACUAAUCUUUUUUUAGAGCUCAUUGCUCACGUAAUGCACUCAACACAUUCACCCGUCUUGUUUUGUGGCUUUGAAAUGCAGUUUUUUGGAGUUUUAACUGAGAUUUUCAGCAUACUUGUUAGGCGCAGCACUUCUCUGUGGUGUUUGAUGUAGUUCUUGGAUAAGUGCCACACUGUACCCUUAUGUGCACAUAAAUUAUUGAUACUCCAAUGAUUGACCAGUGAUGUUUGUGGUAGUUUGUAUUUUAGCACUAUUGAAAAAUGACUGCCGAGGAGAAAGAUAUUUCAGUGUGAUGCAGUCACCACUAAUGUGCGUUUAUAAGCUCUGUUCCAACGCUAGUUAUCGUCCUAAUAUAUCAUAGGCACAUUACUGACUUGAAGGGUGUUUCAGCUAUUUGCCUUCUAAGAAAACCUGUUGCCAAUGAAUUUCUCUCAGUAUAUCCAAAAUGAUCCUCCAUUCAAGAAGUUCCUCCAAGAUGGCGGACAUACUGCAUACUUCAAGCUGUUUUAUUCAUUUUAUAAAGUAUAUGAACAAUUCUAUUAAUUAAAAAAAUGUGGAUGCCUGCUUUUAUGUCAGAAUCAGUUGGAACUACAUACUUUUGUACAUAAUGUGACAAGCACUAUCUGUGUCAUUUCCUAACAUGCCUGUGUAAAACACACAGAGUUGUUGUCACUGUUACUAAUUAACUGUAUUGUGACUACAUUAAUUUAAUGGUAGGCUAUGCAACAGGCCUUUCAUUGUUUUUAUGGGUCUUGAAUCAUUAAUGAAUCCUAUCAAAAAGCAGCUUUUUCAGUCAGUACAUUAAUGUCAAUGUUAUCUAUUUUUAGGCUGAUAAUUCAUCACUUUCUUUGUUUACUGAGCUGGUGACUGUAAAGGGUUUUAUAUUUUUGCACUAAGUCUAGAUAUUUGUCUCAGAUUUGUGGGUCAUAAAAUGAAGUUAUGAAAUGUGAGUAUAUAUGAUUGGUGGUCAUUGGUAGAAUAUGUUUUGGUUAUCUUUAUCAAUGGGUUGUUAUGAGAUAUAUUGCAGUGCUUUGUAUGAAACACCGUAACAAAAUGGGUGAUUGUAACUAUUUACUGAUGAAAUUGUACUUUUUUGGCAAUCUAGAUAAACACUGUAUUCAUAUUUAUUGACUGUGGAUUUGAACCAUGCAGUUAACCAUUUUUCAGAUGUGGCUAAAAUAUUGAUUUACUGUUGUAUAAAAUGUAUGUUUGUUGAAUAACAGCUUCUUUUUUGUAUACGACCAAUAAAAAUGUUUUGAGAAAUA